AGGAGUGCUACAACAGGAGGGGGUGCGGGCAGUGUAUGGAUCCCUGCAGAGGGGAGGAGUGUGAGGAUCAGUGCCGGCUGGAAUGGUACAAGUGCGACUGCGAGUGCCUACAACAGGCGUAUCCAGCCCCGCAGAGGAAGCGCAACUGGACAGCAUGCCUCGAGCGACGUCAGUGCCACAACACGACCUGCGGCGAGUGCACAGGAGCUGGUACCUUCUGCGACAAGAGGUGUAAGAGGAGGUGUGAGUGCAACUGCGCUGGCUGGCCCCGGCGGGACUUGAGCGGCGAGUGGGAGGAGUGCUUCAUCGGCACGCAGACCUGCGAGCAGGCACACUCAGCUUGUGUGAGAGAGUGCGGCGACCAGGACGACUGCAAAGACAAGUGCUACAUGGACUUGCUGGACUGCUCGUGCGCGUGCCGCACUGCCGAGGAGGAGGAGUGGCGGCUGUGGGACGAGUGUAAGGAGAAGAGCGAGGGGGAGUGCAAGAAGGAGCGCUGUGAGUGCGACGAGCUCGACGGGGAGUGCUCAAAUAGAUGCAAGCGUAACUGCCUGUGCGGCUGCCUCGGUAUCACCGCAGACAGACUGGACGACUCGGUGCAGCAGUGCCAGAUCGACAACAAGUGCCAAACUACACGCGAAGACUGUCUAAAAGACUGCGACAAAGCCAGCGACAAAGCCAAACGCAAAAAAUGCAAGCACGCGUGCAUCCUAACCACGGAGAAGUGUAACUGUGAGUGCGCCCGGAGCCGCCCGCCAAAGAGAGUCGAAAUAAUCCAGCACUGCAACUACCUCUCUUAGGAUCUGUAGGAACAGCCCAGUGCUGCGGGUUUGCCUACCCGCUCCGCCGGUGAGGUAAGCAAACCCGGGACGGUACACAGACAUGUCGCGGUGUUUCAUCUCCAGGAAACCAUUAAAUUACCAAAACUAUCUCCUGCUGGUCAGAGCAUAAAUGUGUGCAUUACAUCGAGGGAAAAGGGGGGGAGGGACUGAGCUGAGCGCAGCUGUGCGGCCUGCCCAAUACCGUCACCACACUCAUGCGAACCCCUUCUGAAGAAUAGGGGGGGGGGCACGGUUCCUCCUUCUGGUAGAGACAGUCUUUGGGACCUGUCUGUCUACAAAUUUGUUUCCACUCUGCGCACCUUUCUACAUGGAAUGAGAACACACCCUGCGACUGGCCCUGAAGAAACAGUCACCACCGCCUCCAAUGAUGGCGACGAGCGCGUCGGGGGCCUCGGCCAGGGCGGCGGGGACCAGCGGGGACGUGCCCCCGGAAGGGUGUCGGGCGCGGCUCGGCGGCAGCGGAAAUAUCCGCGAUGCGUGUCGUGUGCCCGAGCACAACAAAUGGCCCGCGCGGUCCUGGCCCGCCGCCAAGGUCGGCCCGAGUCGGGGGAGGGUCAACCCAAAUGUGGCCUAGAAAAGAGAGAAUAAGCCGCGGCGGGCGCCACUGACCCGGGCAAGCGAGCCGCGCCAAUGGGAUCGAGUUCAGGGUCCGCACUCGCCUCGCAAGCACCGGGGGCGGGCGGCAGGCCGCGAGGCGGGUGCACACAGACCGACACAGAAAAACGGCAAGCCCUCCAAAACCACACCUACAGAUUUUUUUUAAAUCCGAAAUUUUUCCGUAAAAAUUGGUAACUUUUCCAGAAAAAAAUCGAAAAAAUAUGUAAUAUUUCCAG